UGGGAUGGGAGACCGUCGCCGUCGUGCAGUUUUUUUCACGGCAUGGGUCCGCGAAGUCCUCUAUAAAAGCCUAAACCUCCUCCCUGUCCUCUAUAACAAAUAUUGAUCAGCAUUUCUUUUUGAUAUUAAGAUGGGGCUUCUACUUCAGAUGUUGAUGGUGUUAGUAAUGAUGGUUUCCCUGCAAGGAUGGCUGCCUCUUGGUUGCUUGGAGGAAGAGAGAAUCGCUCUGUUGCACCUCAAAGAUGCUCUUAACCAUCCCAAUGGCACAUCCCUACCCUCCUGGAGAAAAGGUGACGCCGAGUGUUGUUCUUGGAAAAGUAUUGAGUGCAGCAGCAGCACAGGUCGAGUCACCAUGCUCAAUCUUGGGAGCGUAAGGAAUCAGGAACUGGGAGAUUGGUACUUGAAUGCCUCCUUGUUUCUUCCUUUUCAACAACUCAACACUCUGUCCUUGUCAGAUAAUCGUAUAGCUGGUUUGGUUGAGAAGAAAGGUAGUUAUGAACAGCAGAGAUUGAGCAAUUUGGAGCAUCUUGACUUGAGAAUAAAUCACUUUGAUAAUAGUAUUUUAUCAUUCGUGGAGGGAUUUUCGUCUCUUGAAUCAUUAUAUUUAGGUUAUAAUAAAUUGGAGGGGUUAAUCAAUUUGAAAGAAUCUUUGAGCAGCUUGAAGAACUUGGAUUUGAGCGGCAAUAAUAUUAACAAAUUGAUAGCCUCAGAAGGUUCAAGCAACUUGAGUAUUCUAAGGCUAGAAAAUAUCACAACCUAUAGAAGUAGCUUCCAACUGGAAUCAUUAGAAGCAUUUUCAAACCUCACAACACUUUAUCUGAGCUCCAAUGAUUUUAGAGGAAAAAUAUUAGAAUUGCAAAAUUUGAGUUCAUUGGAAGCGUUAUAUCUGGAUCGUUGUUUUCUAGAUGAAAAUAUCAUUCAAAGCCUUGGAGCAUUGCCUUCUCUAAAACACAUGUCGUUGCGAGCACUCAGUAGCAUUGUACCUUCUGGAGGCUUCCUUAAUCUUAAGAACUUGGAAUUCUUGGAUUUGAGUUAUAAUACUCUCGACAAUACCAUCUUCCAAACCAUUGGUCUAUGUGACUUAAAUCAUCUCCAAAUGCUAUAUAUGUAUGGCAAUGAUCUCAGUGGUUUCUUGCCUCUGUGUCUAGCAAAUUUGACUUCCCUUCAACGAUUAGAUCUCUCUGACAAUCACUUGAAGAUCCCUAUGUCAUUAAGCCCAUUAUACAACCUUUCAAAACUCAAGUAUUUUGAUGGUUCAAGUAAUGAAAUAUAUGCAGAAGAAGAUGAUCAUAAUCUGAGCCCAAAGUUCCAGUUAGAGCACCUCUCUUUGAGUGGUCGCGGACAAGGUGCGGGAGCAUUUCCCAAGUUUCUUUACCAUCAGUUCAACCUACAAUAUGUGGAUCUUACAAACAUCCAAAUAAAAGGAGAGUUUCCAAAUUGGUUGAUUGAGAACAACACAAACCUACAAGAUCUUUAUUUAGAAAACUGUUCUCUUUCGGGUCCAUUUUUGUUGCCAAAGAAUUCUCAUGUGAAUUUGUCAUUCCUAAGUAUAUCCAUGAAUUACUUUCAAGGCCAAAUCCCUUCAGAAAUCGGAGCUCAUUUACCAAGGUUAGAAGUUUUAUUGAUGUCAGAUAAUGAUUUUAAUGGAAGCAUUCCUUCCUCAUUGGGUAACAUUAGCUCGCUACAAGUGUUAGACCUGUCCAACAAUGUUUUGACUAGAAGAAUACUUUCGAACAAUAGUUUGCAAGGGCAGAUCCCUGGAUGGAUAGGGAAUAUGCCUUCUCUUGAAUUCUUGGACCUAUCAGGGAACAAUUUCGUUGGUCCUUUACCAUUUAGAUUCGGAACUUCUUCAAAAUUGAGAUAUGUUUAUUUGUCUAGAAAUAAGUUGCAAGGACCGAUCGCAAUGACAUUUUAUGACUCCUCUGAGAUAUUUGCAUUAGAUCUUUCCCAUAAUAAUUUAACUGGUAGAAUUCCAGAAUGGAUAGACAGGUUAUCUAACUUGAGAUUUCUACUCUUGAGUUAUAACAAUCUUGAAGGUGAAAUCCCAAUUCAAUUAUGCAGGUUGGACCAAUUAACCCUGAUUGAUCUUUCUCAUAACCACCUUUCUGGUAACAUCCUCUCUUGGAUGAUAUCUACUCAUCCUUUCCCACAACAAUACAAUUCUCGUGAUUUUGUGUCCUCAUCACAACAAUCUUUCGAGUUUACAACGAAGAAUGUAUCCCUUUCUUAUAGAGGCACCAUUAUCCAGUACUUCGCAGGAUUUGAUUUCUCAUGCAACAAUUUCACUGGAGAGAUUCCUCCUGAAAUUGGAAACCUCAGCAUGAUCAAGGUAUUGAACCUUUCGCAUAAUAGUUUGACUGGACCAAUUCCACCAACAUUUUCGAACUUAAAGGAAAUAGAAAGCUUGGAUCUUUCUUACAACAAACUGGAUGGAGAACUCCCACCUCGACUUACUGAGCUAUUUUCUCUAGAAGUUUUCAGUGUGGCGCAUAAUAAUCUAUCCGGCAAGACUCCUGCGAGAGUUGCACAGUUUGCCACUUUUGAUGAAAGCUCCUAUAAGGACAACCCUUUUCUUUGUGGAGAACCGCUACCCAAAUUUUGUAGUGAGGUUAUGCCACCAUCACCAUCACCAUCACCAAUUUCAACGAACAAGAACAACGAAGAUAAUGGUGGCUUCAUAGAUAUGAAGGUUUUCUAUGUGACCUUUGGGGUUGCAUAUAUCAUGGUAUUGUUGAUGAUGAGUGUAAUUCUGUACAUAAAUUCAUAUUGGCGACGAGCUUGGUUUUACUUUAUUGAGGUGAGCAUUAACAAUUGUUAUUAUUUUAUUAUGGAUAAUCUUCCUAUUUUAUCUUUGGGUUUUCAUAGCCUUGGUGCAUCGUUUUGUAUUUUAGUUUUAAGACUUAAACAAGUUUAAAUGCAAUGUUAUAUUGAUUUUCA